CAUCACACACACACAUCUAGACACACACACGCAAGUCCCACUCACACUAGGGUGGCGAGAAUAAGUCAAAGAUCGUCACCAUGAUCAUCAUCGUGGACUUGGUGCUGAUGCUCAUCGACCUGACCUACGCUAUCCUGGCCGCGGUGGUGCAGACGUUCCUCCGACCGAGGCUAAAGAGCAUCGACGGGGAAGUGUGCCUCAUCACGGGGGCAGGAGGUGCGCUGGGCCGCCUGUUCGCGGUGGAGUUUGCCAAAGAGGGCGCGCAGCUGGUGCUGUGGGACUGCAACACGGCCGCCAACGAGCGCACCGCCCAGCUGGCCAGGGAGCACGGCGUCCGGGUGCACGCCUACACCGUGGACCUGUCGUUCCGGGAGAGCAUCUACCACACUGCGGAGCGAGUCAGGGCGGAAGUGGGCGACGUGUCCAUGCUGGUGAACAACGCGGGGGUGGUGGCCGGAAGGAGGCUGCUGGACUGCCCCGACGAGCUUCUGGAGCGCACGCUGCUCGUCAAUUGUCACGCUUUGUUUUGGAUGACCAAGGCCUUCCUACCUCAGAUGAAAGCAAAGAACCAUGGUCAUAUCACAACUGUAGCCAGCGCUCUCGGCCUCUUCAGCACUGCAUGUGUGGAGGAUUACUGUGCCAGUAAAUUUGGUGCGGUCGGUUUCCACGAGUCCUUGACGCACGAGCUGCUUGCAGAGGAGCUGGACGGAAUUAAAACCACUCUAGUCUGCCCAUAUAUUGUGGACACAGGGAUGUUUGCAGGCUGUGAGAUAAGGAAGGAGCUUCGCAGUCUAAUUCCACCGUUGGAGCCUUUGUACACAGUUCAGCAGUCAAUGACAGCCAUCUUAGCAGAACAGCAAAUGAUCUGCAUCCCUCGCCUUAUGUACAUCCCAUUUAUUACAAGAGCUUUGCUGCCAUGGGAAGCGAAUCUUGCCACGUAUCGCUUUAUGGGCGGAGACAAAUGUAUGCUGCCCUUCAUCAAGAACACUGAACAAAGAAACUCUAAUGGCUAUAUCAAAUCCUUCUGAGUCCUCCCUGUCUGAAACCUAGAAUUACUCAAAACAGUGUGUAUUUCUUUGCUGACACAGAAUGUGCGAUUACAGUAGUAGUAAUAUUUUUACACCAGUACCGGCGGCUAAGUGUAGUUACAUGGGACGUCAACUCAGGUCUGAAUAAUAUAAUAAAAUAUCAAAUAAGAAAAAAAGUCAGCAGGUG